AUGCCGUCAACCGGUCGGCGGCAAUUAUCCAACUCGACACCAAUACAGCUCGGGACAUUGGGGUUGGCCCAAGACAAUGUAUCCGACCGGGGACCUUCUUUCGAUACCGGAACCGCACUCCCGCGGCGAGAUCGGAUCCGCGACGCGAAGCCGUUUUCAGAGUUUCUGACGGACAAGUUCCACCGCAAGCACGACUACCUGCGCAUAUCAGUAGCCGAACGAUGCAACCUGCGCUGCGUGUACUGCAUGCCAGAAGAAGGGGUUCCCUUGUCCCCGAGCCGGGAAUUGCUCACCACCCCGGAGAUUGUGAUGCUAUCCUCCACCUUUGUCUCGCAAGGGGUGAGCAAGAUUCGACUCACCGGUGGCGAGCCAACUGUCCGGCGAGAUAUCCUCCCCCUGAUGCAACAAGUCGGGGCUCUGCGAAAGCACGGUCUCAAAGAACUCUGCAUCACCACAAACGGCAUAUCGCUGCACAGGAAGUUGGACGGCAUGGUUCAGGCAGGCCUCACGGGCAUCAACCUGAGCCUCGACACCUUGGAUCCGUGGCAGUUCCAAAUCAUGACCCGGCGGAAGGGACUGGACGCUGUGCAGAAAAGCAUCGACAGGAUCCUCGAGAUGAACAAGCUUGGUGCGGGCAUCAAGCUAAAGAUCAACUGCGUCGUGAUGCGGGGGGUCAACGAUGGCGAGAUGCUUCAGUUUGUGGACAUGACUCGACACAAGGACCUCGAGGUACGAUUCAUCGAAUACAUGCCAUUCGACGGCAACAAGUGGAACAGAGGCAAAAUGCUGGGUUACUCGGACAUGUUGCAUCUCAUCAAGGAGAAGCACCCUGGGUUGCAAAAAGUCACGGACCACAGGAACGACACCAGCAAGACUUGGCACAUUCCCGGCUUCGUCGGUCGCAUCGGGUUCAUCACAAGCAUGACGCACAAUUUUUGCGGAUCCUGCAAUCGUCUGCGCAUCACGAGUGACGGCAACCUCAAGGUGUGUCUCUUUGGCAACACAGAGGUGUCCUUACGAGACAUGCUGCGGCAGUCCAACGGCGGGAACCCCAUCGACGAAGAAGCCUAUGAAGCAUUGAAGCGAGGUGAAUCGAGGCGGAGGCAGGGGAUGGGUUCUCUGGAGCAGCCACCCGGAAUGGCACUCAAUGAAGCCGAGCUGCUGAAUAUCAUCGGCAUGGCGGUGAAGAAUAAGAAGGCCAAACAUGCAGGGCUUGGUGAGUUGGAGCAUAUGAAGAAUCGACCGAUGAUCUUGAUAGAUCCUGCUCCAGCUUCACUCAAGGAACAAGUGUCAAAUAGAAUCCAUCGGCUCGGGGGCCAGACGACCAUGUAUGGGCCGUCACGGUCACGGUACGCCGAAAGCGUCGACCGGUGUCAGCCGCGGAGGUUGCAUUACUCGACCUCGACCGCCCGCCAGUGGAAAAGCAGCGAUGACGCAGAGCAGAAGCACUGUCGGAGGGCUCGCCUCACGCACGUCUCGGAUACCGGAUCGGCACACAUGGUCUCCAUAUCGGGAAAGUCGGUGACGUCUCGUACGGCCACGGCGGCAUGCACAGUGCGUUUCUCCAGCGAGACGGCCGUGUCGCUCAUCCAGGACAACCAGAUGAACAAGGGGGACGUGCUGGGAGUGGCACGGGUGGCAGGCAUCAUGGCAGCCAAGCGGACGGCAGACCUGAUUCCGCUGUGCCACCCAAUCAGCAUAUCACGCGUCACGGUCGACCUGGAGCCCGGCAAGCAAGGGGACAGCAUCGAGAUCCGGGCGACGGUGACGUGCGACGGCAAAACGGGGGUGGAGAUGGAGGCCCUGACGGCAGCGUCGACGGCCGCCUUGACCGUCUACGACAUGUGCAAGGCGGUGGACAAGGGCAUGGUGAUUGACGGCGUUCGGGUCAUUUUCAAGGAGGGCGGCAAGAGCGGGCGCUGGGAGGCGGACUGA